AUGCCAGGGUUCAACUUCAACCUGUGUGAACAGAGGGUAACAGAUGCCGACCAGUUGUUGCUCGACAACGCUGGUCCAUCGUACUCUGCACCCCAGGGCCAGCCAGCAUACAAUAACAACACUAGCCCAUCCUACUCCGCACCCCAGGACCAGCUGGCGUACAAUGAUGGACAAUCUUAUGGGGGGGCAGACUCACAGAGCCAAGACCCGUCGUUCUAUGACGACAUGGGUCCAUCCCAUGACCACAACCUGUCGUUCUCCGACCACCCACCUUACGAUUUCAAUCUGGAUUUCGAGUACGAGGAUGAAGACCUCGACACAGGUGCUGGUCCAUCAGAUGCAGGUCCAUCUGGAUCUGGUGGACACAGCUCCCAAACUAAUAGUGACAACACGGACACAGCACGACCCAUGCCGCGGUCUCGUGCCAUCGAAUUGGGAUAUGAUGCUGAUCUGCUGAGGAGAAAUACCUUGUUCAGAGGUUGUCCACAUGGGGCUCAGCGAGAACGACGAAAAAACGAGUGUCGAGAUGCUCGAUGCCUGGAACACUGUACAUCUUACCACAACCCCUCACUCAAUGCAAUGAAUCGCCUCCGCUGGUACUCGCACCUCCCCCAGCAGCAUCCAAUCAUCACGCUGUCGAAAGAAGAGAUCACGGAAGCCGUCAAAAAGGGGAAACUCCUCAUUAUAUGGGAGCUGUUCUCGAAGAAUGCGCUGGGUUUGACCAGCAAACAAAGGAGAAGCCUCACUGAGCGGGCCAUCAACAAAUCAAUUUGUGCUUGUCACGACCCAAAUGCACCGUUCACGAGGUUCAUCAACAAGUCUCACCUUCGCAAAGUGGUGAACAUGUUCUCUUCCACACAUGGGAAGAUGAUCUUGUUCGCCCGAUGUUUUUCGCAUCACGAGAGUGAACACACUCAUUCGCGGUGUCGACCCAUUGCUUUUCAUGCACAAGUGUGGUUGUGGAAUGGCUGUGUCACUAUCCACGCCAAGUUCCAAAACCCCUUUAUCAUGGCCCUUGUUAUCCAAUUCAUUUGGUCCAGAGGACGCCAAUCAUUUCUCGGUCUUUCGCCAAUCAAAGCCUUGAAGCACAUCAUCGUGUUGAGUGGCGCAGCCACUUACUGCGCAUUGGAGGAGCAAGGGCGGGAAAAAUUUGAGGUCACAUCUUUCAGCGAAAUGUUGCACGGCCCCAAAUUUAAGGAAAUACUUAGCACGUUUAAGGGUCUUAGCAACAAGGAGAAAGCUGACCUCAAGCUCUACUGGCAGUACAUAUUGGACAUUGGACCAUCACAGGCUCGACAUGGUGAGGUGGCAUUGGUGUCCGAGUCGAGUGAUUUGUUCUAG